UUUUGCAGGAGAUGCAGGUAGCGUUCCGGGAGUGCGGGCUGUGCUAGGGAGAGUGGGGCUGGCGGGCAGUGUAGGGGGAACAACAUGCCGGGGACUCUAGCAACUACUGUCCCUGCAGGUUACUGGCAAUAGGGGGUCCGGUAAUGUAAAUAGGUCCAGCACAGCCGAGCCCCCCUACAACCUCAAACCCUCCCCCCCUGAUGGCGACUCGGUGUGGGGCAGUCACUGCCCUGCUGGGCCAGUUAUAUAGCCAGUUAUAUAGCCCUUACUGACUGGCCUCCAUCUCCCUAGGAAGCAGCACAGCAGCUCUACCCUCUCUGUAAUGGCUCUGUCCCACUGCUGCAAUACACACGGAUAUCAGUCCCUCAGGUACCUUGCACCAUGACUCUUAUUAAUCCUGCACCACAGCAUCAAAUCAAAUGUUAAAAUUCUUAGCAUAAGCAAAAAAAAAAACAAAAAAAAACUGGGACUACAAAUAAGCCAUUUCGGAGGGUGUGUCCAUAGCAGGAAUCCCCUGCCUGCACCUUUCUUGGAGACUGCUACUUGCUAUGGCAAGUAAACGGAAAUCGACAACACCAUGCAUGGUGCUCGCUAGCGAGCCUGAUCCUGAUCUGGAAAUAAAUUCAGAUAACGAAGAAAGGUCUCCUCAUCCUACGACAGCAGAGAACCCUGCUCCCGAGAGCUCCUCCAGUGAAGAUGAUACGGUAGAACCCAACGAUUCUGACAAUCAGCAAAAUAAAACAGUCGAAGGCGGUUACGAAUGUAAAUACUGUUCUUUUCAGACUCCGGACUUAAAUAUGUUUACUUUCCAUGUAGAUUCCGAACACCCCAAUGUAGUGCUGAAUUCUUCCUAUUUUUGUGUGGAGUGUAACUUCCUAACUAAACGGUAUGAUUCUCUCUCCGAGCACAACAUGAAGUACCAUCCUGGAGAGGACAACUUUAAGUUAACCAUGGUCAAACGCAACAACCAGACAAUUUUCGAACAAACGGUUAACGAUCUGACAUUCGACGGCAGUUUUGUUCAAGAGGAAAACCAGGAACAGGACGAGCCUAACUCCCCAGGAAUAUCAAUUAGCAAGACCCCAAUCAUGAAACUAAUGAAGGACAAGUCCGACAAGAAGCGGAUUACAGUGUCUCAAAAUGCAGGUGAUGACAGUGCAGAGGACAUUGAUGUAAAAAGGGAGAGUGACCAAAAGGUGAAACUGCAAGAAGAGACAGAAAAAAAGACACCUCCGCUUGUUUCUGAGCCGGCUAAAACAGUAAAUAACAUUAUCACUAAUGCCCCAGAACUCGCUAGUACCAUUGUAACUCCGGCUAAUGUUCUUCAGUCUGGCCUAGCACAAGUUAUCACAGCUGUUCAGGCACAACAGAAUUGCAAUAUCGUUUCCAAAGUCUUAAUACCUGUCAAUAGCAUUCCCAGCUACAACGCUGCCAUGGACAAUAAUACCCUUUUACACGGUGCUUACAACAAUUUUCCCUACCCCACAGUCUCGGAAAUUAAACUCCUUACUUCUCAAACCAAAUUCACAGAGGAGCAAGUAAAAAUCUGGUUCUCUGCGCAGCGCCUCAAGCACGGGGUCAGUUGGACGCCCGAAGAAGUGGAAGAAGCGCGGCGAAAGCAGUGCAACGGUACAGUUCAUACCGUUCCUCAGACAAUUACAGUGAUUCCUGCUCAUCUGUCCACUGGUGCCAAUGGUUUGCCUUCUAUUUUUCAAACGUGCCAAAUAGUAGGUCAGCCAAGUCUUGUUCUCACCCAGGUUGCAGGUACAAAUGCAUUACCUGUGACUACACCCAUAGCAUUGGCUGUAGCUGGAGUUCCAAACAGUGCCCAGCUGCAGAAGGCCCCACUGGCCACCACCCAACCAAUACCAGAAACAAAACGAGUGUUGACUAUCCCCGCACCACAGAUUCCCAAGCAGGAACAGACUGUGAUAGGUAUUGAUUUCAGUAUGCGUUCAAAGAAAACAAAGGAACAGUUGACUGCACUGAAAAUUAGCUACUUAAAAAGCCAGUUUCCACAUAAUUCCGAAAUUGAACGCUUAAUAAAACUGACAGGUCUCACAAAAGGGGAGAUCAAAAAAUGGUUUAGUGAUACGCGAUACAACCAAAGGAAUUCAAAGGGUAGUCAUGGUAUUCAUUUCACUAGUGACGGUGGGGGCAUAAUCUUCGAUUCUGGCGAUGAAACAAUAGACUCUCCUACUCUCGUGCCACCACCGCAACGCAGCAGGCAAACUUGGAACCCUUUCCCAGAUUUCACACCUCAGAAGUUUAAGGAAAAGACUGCAGAACAGCUUGAUGCUUUGGAGGAAAGUUUUCUAAAAAACUCUGUACCCACAGAUGAGGAACUAAACAAAUUAAGGGUUCAGACUAAACUAACAAGAAGAGAAGUCGAUGCCUGGUUCUCGGAGAAAAGGAGAUCUACAGGCAUAAAGGAGGAAGCAAGUGACCUUAAUGAGAGUAAUGCAGGCCUGUCUAUAAAAGAAGAGGUGGACGCAAAUUUUGGGGAAAGUGAUGCUUUGGGAAAUAAGUCGGGGGCAAUGUUUCCGGCAAAGCUUGGAAAAAAGUCCCCGGAACAGUUGCACAUGCUUAAAAAUGCAUUUGUGCAUUCACAGUGGCCAUCCUCGGCAGAAUACGAUAAGCUGGCGGAUCAAACAGGACUUGCCAGGAGUGAUAUUGUGGCCUGGUUUGGAGACACGAGGUAUGCGUGUAAGCAUAACAAUCUGAAAUGGUUCUACCAAUAUCAAGGGCAGAACCAGAACAUUAUGAAUGGCCAAACCUCAACUCGAAAACGGGGAAGAGGCAGGCCGAGAGGUAGAGGAAGAGGGAGGCCUCGAGGGCGUCCAAAGGGUCCAAGAAGGACAAAUAAUUGGGAGAGGGUGACGGUGCCAAAACACAAAACUGGGAAAGCACUGCUAAAGGACUACUAUGGGACACACAAAUUCCUUAACGAGGAAGACCUCGACGAAUUGGUUUCCAAAUCUCGCAUGGGCUAUGAGCAGGUGAGGGAAUGGUUUGCAGAAAGGCAUCAAAGAGAGGAUGCUGGUCUGGAUCCUUUUGAUGAAGAGGAAGAAGACGAGGAUGACUUUUUGGAUGACCAAGAUGAUGAGGAAGAGAAUGGAGACACGGAUGAUAGCGACACCUGGGAGCCCCCAAGACACGUUAGGCGCAGACUUUCUAAAAGGGAUGAUUGAUUUACAAACGACAAGAAGUUCCAGUUACUGUGAGUGGGGUACCUUUUCUCUUUUUGAAAACCGUGAAACACCGAGGACGAUGACUUUGGGGAAGGCCGGAAGUCAGUGCUGUGCCAAAGUCGCUGUUGUGCAGUCAGAGGACGUUACUGUAAAUAGAACUAUGUGGGGAGCACAUACCUUGUACAAUUCAGAUUUUAAUACAUUUUUACAACAUUCUUUCUUUUGUCUUUGUUAGUUGUACUUUAUGUGGGGUAGGGAGCUGGAAUAGCGGACAAAACAAUGACCACUAGUUUUUUUUUCAUUAUUACACAUAUUUUUGUCUAGUGUAGUUACGUUUGAGCGACGCGUUUUGCUGCCUGUGUUCCUUGUUCUGGAAUUUGCUUCUAGCUGAGCUUCUGAGCGACCAAAUAUUUUUGCAGAGCGAAAAGAGCUACACGUCACUGAACUACAACGUCCUCGGCUCUCUCUCUGCCGCUUCGCGUUUAGCCAACACGGUUCUUUUUUUAAUUUCCCACUGAAAUCUCAUAUCAGUACAGCUCCGUGAGCUCCGUCCCCAUCCGCACUCUGCAUUUCUCCCGAUCACUUCAUGGUUUUUAUCCUGUGUAGCCACUUUGUAUUCUGUCAGUGGGUAAUUGGAUUUUUUGCAGGGGUUUUCCAGUGCUGUUCAUUGUGAUUUUAUAGUACUGCUUUGCAAACUCUGCUAACCUUGCAGCUACCAAUAAAAUUGGUGAACUCUA